AUGGCGAAUCCACCACCUGGAAACCAAGCGUACGUGCUCGGUGUGGGCAUGACGAAAUUUAUCAAGCCUCGCGGAUUGCGGGAGUAUCCGGAAAUGGGCUACGAGGCCGGUGUCAAGGCUAUGCUCGAUGCACAGAUCAACUACGACGACGUUCAGCAUGGGGUUGCCUGUUUUGCGUACGGCGAUUCAACAUCUGGCCAACGCGUCUUCUACCAGUUUGGGAUGUCUACCAUUCCCAUCGUCAACACGAGCAAUGCCUGUGCUACCGGGUCCGUGGGUCUCUACUUAGCCCGUACCCUUGUGAGGAGCGGCAACGUGGACUGUGUUCUGGUGGUGGGAUUUGAGAAGAUGAAGCCAGGGAGCCUCAAGAGUGUCUGGGACGACAGACCCAGUUCCAGUGGGCGGUUUGCCGCGAAGAUGCGGGAACUGGUCGCUGUCGAGAAGCAGGCCCCAUUGACGGCACAAUAUUUCGGAAACGCAGGUCGGGAGUAUAUGCAAAAGUACGGAGCCAAAGCAGAAGACUUUGCGGAGAUUGGUCGCAUCUCUCACGAACACUCUCAGCGCAACCCCUAUGCCCAGUUCCGCCAGGAGUAUACUCUCUCGGAAGUCCUGGCCUCGCCAACGAUUUUCGCUCCUUUGACGAAACUGCAAUGCAGUCCCACAAGUGAUGGCGCCGCAGCUGCGGUCAUUGUCUCGCAAAGAUUCUUGGACGUGCGACCGCAUCUCAAGAGCCAGGCGAUCUUGAUGGCUGGACAGUCAUUCUUGACCGAUUCUCCCAAGGCCUUUGAGAGAAGUGCUAUUGAGCUUGUUGGGUACGAUAUGACCCAGCGAGCCGCUCAAGCCGCCAUGAGGGAAGCAGGAGUUAGAUCUAGCGAUGUCAGGGUCUGCGAGCUGCACGACUGCUUCUCCACAAAUGAAUUGGUGCUCUUGGAUGCCCUGGGGUUCGCCGAGCCCGGCAAGGCCCACGAAAUGGUCCGGAGAGGAGACAUCACGUACGGUGGAAAGAUGGUGGUGAACCCGUCUGGCGGCUUGAUCUCCAAGGGGCAUCCCAUCGGCGCCACGGGGCUGGCCCAAUGUGCCGAGUUGACCUGGCAGCUGCGUGGAUGGGCCAACAAUCGACUCGUGGACAAGACGUCGGUUGCGCUGCAACAUAACCUGGGCCUCGGAGGCGCCGUUGUAGUCAAUAUCUACAAGCGCGCCGAUGGCAAGGUUAACCCUAAAGUCAGUAGCGAGGAGAUUGCGCGGACCAGCUGGCUAGGUUACAAUCCCGCCGUCGAGGCCCGGGGCAUCACCGACAGGGACGCCGACAAGGUCAGAAGCAAGAAGAACCGGAACGACUUUGCUUUAGGUGAUACUCGAGAGAAACUCGGUGCUCAAGUCCAUCUGUGA